CUUAAAUCAUAUACAAGAGCUUAGAGAUAUAUCGUAUGAACCCUCUGGCUUGACUGGACUCUCUCAUCAUUACUUACAACCCCCGACUCUCAAACGCCUUUUACGCAUUCUCGACAUCGAACGAACUCUAAAUCGACUUUCUGACCCCUGCUAAGAACCAAACUUAAUUCUUCUGUAACCCAAUCUGCCAAGCCAUGUCAACUUCAACACCGGCCGCGAGUGGUCAACAGACGCCGAAGGGACCUCCCUAUGCACCAGUCACAGCUCUUCUGGGCUUGACGCCGACUGUAAAAGUUGACGUGCCAAUCUGCGCCGUCUUGAUGGUCUUCUUCCUCAGUGGAUUUGCCCUAAAUCUCACCAUCUUCCGCCGGAACAAGGCCCGCGGGCACAAAUUCCUGCCUUCAGUGCUCCUUGCCGGUUUCUGCAUGACCCGUAACAUGGCGCUGGUCCUACGCAUCAUCUGGUCUACUCGCCACGAUAACGCCAGCUUAACGAUCGCCGCCAAUAUUUUCGCGGCCGCCGGUGUCAUCAUCCUCUUUAUCGUCAACCUCAUUUUCGCCCAGCGUUUGGUCAGGUCGAUACAUCCCAACUUUGGAUGGGGCCGCCUCCCCUCCAUCGCCUUCAAGGCUCUGUACGCCUACGUCAUCAUUUGUCUCAUCAUGACCAUUACGAUCACCAUCAUUUCUUUUUACACUCGCAACCCAUCGACGUUGAACACCGCGCGCAUCAUUCAGUUGUUCUCCGGAACUUCCCUCGCUGCGCUGGCCUUCUUGCCGAUUCCGAUUGUUAUCGCGACUGUACUCAUCCCUAGCAAGUCCCUCCCAGACCCCUUUGGCAAGGGUUCGCCCAGGACGAAGGUCAUCCUCGUCCUCUUCACCGCCACCCUCUUAUCCCUGGGUGCUGGCUUCCGCAUCGGCGUGAGCUACACCACACCCCGUCUCGCUUCCAAUCCCGCGUGGUACCACCACAAGGCCUGCUACUACGUCUUCAACUAUGCCAUUGAGUUGAUCGUGGUGUUCACCUAUGCACUCAGCCGCUUCGACCGCAGGUUCCAUAUUCCCAACGGGUCCAGCGCGCCAGGUCACUACUCUGCAGGUAUCGAAGGCGAGAAGCGCUCGAGUAGCACCAGCAACAUCAAUGACUUGGAUCCCGAACCAUCCCCAAGUUACAAGGAAAGUUUCCGAAUGGAGAACAGCCCAUAGAAGAGAAUAAGUCUUGAAGAGAGGAGGAAGAAGCCUUGAUAGAUUAUAGUUUAGAGAGUAGGAAGUCGUACUCAUAGCAGGCACACACACGACCUUGCAUCUAAUGUUGAAUAUGUACCAUAUUUCCACA